AUGGAAGUUUUACGGAGGAUUCACGUUGAUACUUUGAAGUUUCAGCCGUGGGGAAGUGGAGUGGUUGAUCAAGUGCCGGUGGCGGUACAGGGAGGCGAUUACGUGAUGUUAGAUACUGACGGAAGCUGGAGCCAAGGACUCAAUGGAAUGGGGGGUGAUGGAGUGAUCUGUGACAGUUUGGGUAGGUGGGUGUUUGGAUUUACCAUGGCAGCAGGUGCAGGUAAUGCAUUUAAAUCUGAAAUUGCAGCAGUUCAUAAGAGGCUUUUACAGGUGUGGGACUUGGGGUUUCGCCAAGUCCGGUGCUAUGUGGAUUGCUCUGAACUGCAGCAAGUUCUAACAGAUGACAGAUAUGUCCAUAACUAUUGGCAUGGGGAGGAGAUCACUCAAGUUCGUUAUGUUUUGGCUAGGAAUUGGAACGUGACUGUUGCUCAUGUUACUCGUGAUCGGAACGUGACUGUUGCUCAUGCGAGUGAGGAUUGGAAAGCUUGGAGGUUCCCACCUUCAACUAUGUUAAAAUGGCGCAGCAGAUCAUGA